UGUGGCACGUGUGCCAGCACGGCACGGCCCAUUUGUAAACGGGCCGCCGUGGGUCGUGCCGUGCCAGGCAUGUUUUACGGGGGACGGGCCGUGCCGACCCAUUUGGUCAGGUCUGCUCCUCGUGCGAUCCGGAAUCCCCUCCUCCCUUGUUCGUCGGUCCAGCCAGUAGAAGCGGCGGCGCCCUCCUCGUUGCUGUAGCAGGGCGAGGCAGCGCUCGACCUCCGCCUCCUACCCCCACUGCUGGGCUCAACCCCAGGGCUCCUCUUCUGCGUCCCGACCAGUACCUCAACCAAAACGAGCUCAGAUUUCUCAAUUUCCAUUCGGAAAUCAGGACCGUGGUCAUCUCCGUCGCCGCCGCCUGCCGCCGCCAUCGCCAUCGCCAUGGCUUUCGCUAUACGGGCCAUUCACCACCGCCUCCCCCGCUCUCUCCACCACUCCAAUCCCCUCUCCACCUCCGCCUCAUCUCAUGACCUCCGCGAGCUCCUCCGCAUCCAACGCAUCCUCAGUGACCCCGCAGCAACCACCCAACCCCCGCAAACGCAACAACGCCCACGAGCCGCCGCCACCGCCGACCUGCACCAACUGCUCCACCGCGCGGCCGGCCUCAGCACCGCCGAGGCUACCUCCCUGCUCCACCGCAUCCCUAACACCCAUCGUCUGGAACACCUUCUCCAAGAACUUCGUGGCCUGCGCCUCCCGGCGGACGAGAUCAAGAACGCCCUCGGGUCCGACCCCGACGGGCUCCUCUCCAUGGAGCCGGGCGAGCCGUCCCGCCUUGUCGAGCUCCUGGACGAGCUCCGCUGCCGGGCGGCCAUCAAGGACCAGGUCCUCUCUCACGGCGUGCUCAGCGCCGCAAUCGCCACUAGGCGGCGGGUCGAGCUACUGCACGAGCGCGGGCUGAGCCGGCGGGACGCGCUGAGGGUGAUCUCCGUUGAGCCUCGGGCAAUUUUAUAUAGCCUGGAGGAUGUGGAGAGGAAGGUGGAGUUCUUGGUGGGCAGGAUGGGGUUUGAGAUUGGUUGGCUGGUGGAGUACCCGGAGUUCUUGGGGAUAAAUCUCGACAGGUCGAUCAUCCCGCGGCACAAUGUGGUGGAGUAUUUGGCGUCCGUGGGUGGUCUUGGGGACCCCAUUGAGAUGAAGCAUUAUGUGAGAUUCAGCCGCCUCAGGUUCUACAAUCUGUUCGUGAAGCCAUACCCGGAGUGCGAGAGGAUUUUCGGGGGCCUGGUCAGGGAGAGAAAGGAUGAGGUGAGGCGGCGGCAUCCGGUGGGAUUGUGGAAGCUGUUUAAGCCGACGAAGUAUGAGAGCACUGAGGAGAAUGUGAGGGACAUGAAGCUGGUUGUUGAAUCACUUCAUUAGCUCUGUUGAGAACAACAAAUGGUAUGAUUUGCAGUGCAUUCUGCCAGCAAAAUGUCAUCUGUGUUGAACAAACAUAGAACCAGUUGGAGUUUUGGGACACCAUGUCUUUGGAAGGCAUUCCAGCAUAGAGCGGGAGCUUAAUUAAAUUGAGUCCUAGGCUCCUAGCUUCAGGUUGAGGUCAAUUAUAAUGCCCUAAUCAUGGUAUGGUGAUCAGAGCUGGUCUCAUUGGGAAACAAACAAGAUAAUAGUUUGAUGGAAUCUGGCAACUUACAGAAGGCUCAUCUCAAGUUAUCAACAAAUAGACUUGUGAACUUGUAUGGUCUUCUCGGAGAAAGGUUAUUGUGAUACAAAUUAUAUAA